CUUUGUUGUUGUUGGGUUUUUUUCUUCUUAUCUCCGCCGCCGUUAAUAAUUAAUCGCGGUUUCUGCGAGGGUGGGAUCCGUGUGUGUCGAGCUGUUCCUGGGUGUUAACCGCAGAAGAUCAGGGAGGGCUGGAGUGAUUUGAUCCCGCCUUUAACACGUUCACUGAUCCCAGUCUGACUCGGCGAUAUUCCUGCACGCGCGCUGCACUUCUGAUCCGCUGAUACAUUGUUUCAGUCCGGCGCGGAUUAGAACUCUCAGUGUUACAUUGUGACAUCGCGCGCCUUUGAUGGUGAUGAUGCAGCGCUGGAAGGGGAGAGUCGCGCUGGUCACCGGAGCGUCUGUCGGGAUCGGAGCAGCGGUGGCUCGCGCUCUCGUCCAGCACGGCAUGAAGGUGGUCGGCUGCGCGCGGAACGUGGACAAGAUCGAGAAGCUGGCAGCCGAGUGUCAGAGCGCGGGAUACAGCGGCACUCUGAUCCCGUAUAAGUGUGAUCUGUGCAACGAGGAAGAGAUUCUGUCCAUGUUUUCAGCCAUUAAGACGUUGCACCAGGGAGUGGACGUGUGCAUCAACAACGCCGGCCUGGCUCACAACGAACCGCUGCUGAGCGGAAGGACAGAGGGCUGGAGGAAUAUGAUCGAUGUUAACAUACUCGCUCUGGCCAUCUGCACGCGUGAGGCCUACCAGUCCAUGAAGGAGAGACACGUGGAUGACGGACACAUCAUCAACAUCAACAGUAUGGGGGGUCACAGGAUGGUGCCCAGCGCUGACGAACACUUCUACUGCGCCACCAAAUACGCUGUGACCGCUAUGACAGAGGGACUGAGACAGGAGCUACGGGAGGCCAGGACACACAUCCGAGCCACGAGUAUAUCACCUGGAAUAGUGGAAACUGAAUUUGCCUUCAGGCAUCACAACAGCAAUCCGGAGAGAGCCGCGGCUGUUUAUGAAAGUAUGAAGUGUUUGAAAGCAGAAGACAUCGCCAGCGCUGUCACAUACGUCCUGAGCGCACCUGCUCAUGUCCAGAUCGGUGAUGUUCAGAUGCGGUCGGUGGAGCAGGUGUCGUAGGAGCCGAUCUGGAACAAAACGACAGACAUUGGGCGACAUCUACUGGGCAAAAACACCUUUAACACCUAGUUUUAAAGAACUGAUUGAAGGGAAUAGGUUUGGGUUUGCAGAUCGGAUCUUACACACAGCUCUGUGUGUCUCCAUCUGAUGCUCGGGAGAUCACAGAUGCACACAGUCUGCUGCUGUCUCUAAUAUAAGGGGAAACUUACAGGCUUUUCUAAAAACACACAACCUGAGAAACUGGAGCAAAAGAAGGAAGAUUUAAAGUGUGUUACUGUUUGAUACAGUCAUCUGAGACCAGUGUGCCGUGAAAUGCACAUACAUUUUGUUUUUAGGUCAUAUUACAUAUCUGUUUGAGAGUGUGAUGAAUAGAAACCGCUCGCUGCUCGGUGAGGUGAUGUUAGUUAGCCUACUGUAAUAUUUUUUUUGUAUGUAGAUGUGGUUCUCAUACCGAUCCAGCAUCUGUUCAUGUGAAUCGAUGAAACGAAAUCAAGCUUGUGAUUUUUCACGAGAGAAACCCGUUUGACUGCAGAAACCUGCUGAUAAACCUUGGUUUUUACAUUGAACUUUCACUGAAUGAAAGGUACAACACUGGCUUCUUUCACAGGAACGCAUGAAAACACUGUUGAGGACUUGAAGAUAAAUAAUACUUGAUAUAGUCAAUUCUUAUGAAUUAAACUUGAUUAUGAUUAUUGGUUAUGGACAAAUUACUUUCCUUUUCACUGUAUGUCACCUCUACAAAACAAUCUAAAACUUGUUUGUGUGUGUGUGUGUGUUUCUUUUCUAUUAAAACUACCCUUAAUUUCAA